GCCUGAACAGGAAGUCGCGCCGGUGACGUCACCUCCGCUUUCGUAUUCCCAGCGCAGGACAACAAAAUUGAGGAGACUAAACUUAACUAAACUCAGCCGAAAAGCAGCAGUAAAGUUAUUAAAAGUUUCUUUGCCCGUGUUUAACACCCUCGAGCGUGUUUCAGAUGUGGACGGGCUGUUAACGGCGGAUGGAUUCGGGACACGGUGUCCAGCGGAGGGCCGGCGGCGGCUCACCCGCUGUGGGAGCGUCGCAGCGCCGCAGGAAAAUGCCACCCAGAGCCGCUGAUUUCAAACUGCAGGUGAUUAUUAUCGGGUCCCGCGGCGUGGGGAAGACCAGUCUGAUGGAGAGGUUCACGGACGACACCUUCUGCGAGGCGUGCAAGUCAACUGUGGGUGUGGAUUUUAAAAUCAAAACGGUAGAGCUGAGAGGAAAAAAGAUCCGGCUCCAGAUCUGGGACACAGCGGGUCAGGAGAGGUUUAACAGCAUCACCUCAGCGUAUUACCGCAGUGCAAAAGGCAUCGUUCUUGUCUAUGACAUCACUAAACAGGAAACCUUUGAAGACCUGCCCAAAUGGAUGAAAAUGAUCGACAAGUAUGCAUCAGAGGAUGCUGAGCUCCUAUUGGUCGGAAACAAGUUGGACUGUGAAUCUGAUCGCAUCAUCUCACGACAGCAAGCUGAGAGGUUUGCUUCACGGAUAUCGGGAAUGCGUUUCUGUGAAGCCAGUGCCAAGGAUAACUUUAACGUGGAUGAGAUCUUUCUGAAACUUGUGGAUGACAUUUUGAGUAAGAUGCCACUUGAAGUCCCCAGCAGAGAGCUGUCCAACAGUGUCUUGUCCCUCCAGCCUGAGCCCGAUAUUCCACCAGAGUUUCCUCCCCGCAUGCGCUGCUGUUGAGAAUUCCUUCCCCUCCUUCACAUUCAUAAUCAUGCACUGUUACAGCCUUCUGCCACCAGAGAGCGAUACGCUCAUGAAGUGAGACUCCAACUCAUAUGGAGCGAGACGAAAGCCAAGCAUAUAAUCAUCUGGCGGUUAAAAAAACGGUAGACUGUGUCAUGUAUUCUAUAUUUUGGUACUUCUAGAUGUCAACAUGGAACGUUGUAUCAUCACAUGCACACAUUGAUUCCUGAUGGCCCAUACUUGCACUACCUCAUGUCUGGGAAGCACAAGAGUGCAUUUGUCCGACACAUGCCUUUCCCUGCCAGAGUCCGCAGCAGACGUGUCUCAAACACGGAUGAUUGGAAUACUCAUCAGAUCACAUUUGCAUAUGAUUAAAUAAGAGAUGGGAAACACAAAUGCAUUUCUAUUGGAUGACGGAAACUCCGCCCUAUUCAUCUUCAUCUUAUUAAGAUUUCCUCACUAAUACCAGAUCAACAAAUCAAGCGCUGAUCGUCAGCUCUCUGGAAAAGCAAAAUGGGUAUAAUUUCAUGCCAAGUGUUAUCCAUAGUGGUUAAUUUUCCUUAUUUUGAAUCACCAGCGUUGUCGUGUUGACGUCUUUAUGCAUUGCAUUCAAUCAGUGUUAUUGUUUUUGAGCGGACGACUUGUUUAUGUGCGUGUGUGUUUUGCACAACAAUCCGUUCGAAAGGUAGUUUACGAACAGCUGAACGUUAAUGAAAAGCCUGUGCACAUAGAUUAAUGUUAUCAUUUGCCAUCUGUAGUUCCAGAGCUCGUUGCUUAGUAAUACUAUUGAUGCUGUUUGACUUAAGUAGAAUGAAAAGGAGUGAUUUAUUGGGUUUCCAAGUCGUUGGAGCGUGAAACUGAACUGCUUCAAAAAGGCUAUUCUCCAUGGAGAGCAGAUUAAGGAUAAAAAGGACAUUUAAAAGAAUAGUUUGAUAGUGUUUCAGUGUUACUAACUUAAGGACAACACUUAUUAGUUAACAUCAUCAUGCCUUAGGGUUACUGAAGAACCACUGACUCAGCUACAUUUACGUUACUGCUGCAGACGUUUAGUUUUGUGGAUUGGCUGCAGAGAUGAAGGACUGCAGUUACAGGAUGGGUAUAGAAUAUAGGUAUAAUUUGAUUGGUUGACAGAGCUGAAGCGACAGGUUUACAUCAGAUGUGGCUUCUGUGUGUUUCUGGGAAUAUUUUGCAGCUUUUAAUGGAACCGUUGUAGGAAAUAAGGAGUGUUGAAAGUGUUACUGUGCCUUGAUAAAAAAAUACAUUUUGUUUCAUAUUGGGAUAAUCUCACAUGAAAUUAUUUUUGCACAAUUUUUUUUUUUUGAGAAUUGUGCUAAUUGUGAUUCAAUUACUGUCGCAGCAAAAAUAGUUUCUAUAGUCCAAAUAAAUAUUUUUUCUGUUAAUUUGAGGGCGAAAUAUGAGGGAGAUUCAUCUUAAUACAAACCAACUGAAUUGUGACGUGUGUGUGUUUAUGUUGUGUUUCAGUAUGUGCCUGUUAGAAACCAGUGUUAUACUAAACAACAACAACAAAUGUGUCGGAGUCCGUUUUUUUUUGUAUUUGAGGGAUUAAUAUCUUAAGUAUUACUGACGUUAAAAUCAGAUUUUUCUUUGUUUAUUCUAGUAGUCCAUGUUGAAUUGAACUUUUAUUCGUCAGAUUUUUCUUCUAACUGUAAGGCUAUAAAAUGUUUGUUUUCUUGACAGUAUUACGGAACAUUUCCUAACCUCACGAUGUUCAUGUUAGAAGGCCUGUGCCAUAUUAGAACUUUGAAAGAUAAAUCAGUCUGUUUCACCAAGUGCUAUUUGCUUUCUCAGCACAAUUGGCAGAUUUUUACUUUAUGAAGCUUUAACCUUUUUGGAACAAAAUAAUUUAAACAGACCUUUUGCCUAUUUAUUUUCUUGUUUAUGUAGUCAGUAGAGAAACGGUUCUUUUUUCUUCUAUUCUUCUGAAAGUAAUAAUUCAAUCCAGCUUUCACAUUACAACUCUGUAGGUUUUCCUUAUUCUGGCAAAACAUCUUGCCAUUAUUAAUUUUUAUUUUGUACAGACUAGUUUAUUCUCUUUAUCUCUUUAUCUCAACUCCCUCGGCCGACUUCAGUAUUAACAUUGCAAAAACAAACAGAUCAAAUGGAUCGUUAUAGCAUUGCGGAGUUUGUACUAAUAAAUUGAUGUUUAGGUCUUUGAAACAGUUUGGCAUGUUUAAAGAGUUUUGUGUAUUUAUAACCUGUGGCAUUCUUAAACUAAUGACGUGCAAAUAAAGAUCUAUAUUUAUUACACAGA